UUGCAAUGGUUCUUUGUGUCCAAUAGUACUAUUCAAAAUUGUUAUACAGAUUCCUGAAAGGAACAAAGUUAUUAGUAACAAAAUAAAUUUUUCUAGUUUAGAACACUAUUAGCAUUAAUACAGGUAUAUUUAUCUAGAGUUAUAUAUCUUAUAUCAAGGCUCCUUGGGUAUCUAUCUCUCUUUUUUUUAAUGACAUCAGAAGCAAGGAAAUGCAAUGUUAAAAGUUUUUGUAGAAAAUAUAUUGAAAUAAAAAGAUAUAUUUGUAACAAUCUUUUCAUGAUUCUAUUAUGUUUAUUUACGAUAAAUUAUUUAUUGUUAGAGCAAAAAGGAAGUGUUUAGUCUAUUUUACAUAUUUGCUCAAUCGAUUGCAAAUAUCACUUUACGGAUAUAUCUUUUUAUUUCAAUGUAUUUUACAUGAAUUUGAACAUGUGUUUCCCUACUUCUGACAUCAUUAAAAAGAGAUGAACGAUAUACGAGUACUCAGGAACCUUACAUAAAAUUUUAAAUCAUAUUAGUUUUCUUUUUGUAUUGUUCAGAUAAGUCUCAAUUGAGUCUCUACAAAAUAGAGAGAUGGAUGGAACAAAGUUUAUUAUAAAUAUAUUUUUGUGUUUUUUAUGAAUUUUUAAGUUUAUUUUUUAAAGAAUAAAAAAUCCUACAAAUUGUGCCAAAAAUUUUCAUCACUGUAUGACUCAGCAAACAAUUGAGUAUUCUGUGUUAUAACCUUUAAAAACUGUAUUCUCUCAUUCUGAUUCUGUAUUCUGUCAUGUGAAAGUGCAAGUUGAAAUUUUCAAAUCAAAAUCUUGCUUGAAACUUCUUGAAGUGUUAAAUACUCUCAAAACACUUAUCAUUAUCUACAUAAAUGUUUUCUGUAUUUCCUAAUAAUCCAAACAGUGAUUCCAAUAAUGUAUUGCCAAAUGGUUAUACAGAAAAUAAAGGAACUGAAAGUGUUCAGGAAUACAAAGACUCUCUUAAGUCUAAGGCAGAACAACUCUUAAUAAAAGGAUUCCCUGAGAAGAUAGUCAAAUUAAAUGAAUUGCUGGAAACACCUGGAUUUUGUAAUCGGAAGCUGUCAGAUGUACAUCAAGAGUUAAAUGUACCCAUUCCAGACCCCAUCAUUCUUAAUCAUUCCGAAUAUGGUCCUGCUUCGAAGAAAUGUAAAUUAGACAAUAAUGUGGAGGAGACUAGCGGAACCAAAGUCAUGGUACUUCCAAGUGGUCCAGUACCUUGCAACAAACCACUGUGUGAUUUGAUUCACAUAGUUAAACCCUAUAUUAGACAACUUUUGGAGGACUCCAACUUACUAAAAAUGUGGAUUUCUUUCUUGAUCCCCAAAAUUGAAGAUGGAAAUAAUUUUGGUGUGUCAAUUCAAGAGGAUACGUUAGCUGAGAUCCAAUCAGUUGAAAGUGAAGCAGCUGCAUUCUUUGAUCAAAUUUCUAGGUACUUUAUCUCCAGGGGUAAAGUCGUUAGUAAAGUCGCUAAGUAUCCACACAUCAUCGAUUAUAGAAGGGCAGUUCAGGAAUUGGACGAGAAGGAGUAUGUGAGUUUAUGGCUUGUCAUGUGUGAGGUCCGCAAUCGUUACUGUUCUCUGCAUGAUCUUGUAAUGAAGAACUUGGAGAAGAUCAAACGGCCACGUUCCUCCAACGCGCAAUCUCUGUACUAAGCGUAGUCGUACGUAAAGUUACAUUAUGCGUACGCACGGAACGCCACGCUGAAUGUUCAAACUUCAGAACAGAAAUAGAAACAGAAAAGAAAAUUCCAUCUUUCUCUCACGAUAUGAUUCGAUUGCCUUGGAAUUAGUCCAUCAUCUGUUCAACCAUUUAUGGCACUAUGAAAUAAAAUUGAUAGCUACACACUACACUCUUUGUGGAAUUGUAUUACCUAGGAUGUACACUUAAAUUAUUAAUAUGUUUAAGUUCACAUAAUAGACUUUUCGUCGCGCGUUAAUACAUGGAGAAUAAUUUUAAGAAAUUUCUCGGCUUUUACCAGCGAACAUCACUAGGUUCUCUUCGGGAUCGUGGAUAUUCAUCUCGUGAGAUUGGUCUAUUUCACGCUUCGCGAAUUUAACAUCGAACCUGAUAUACUUACGGAUGUUUUUCAGUGUAAGUUCCGUUACAAAGUAAUGCGGUGUAGUAUAAUACGUACAUGUACUUUCGCCGAUCACAUAAUUGGGGCACUUGUAAAAGAAAUAACCGACGAUUAUAGAUCGAAUUUAGUAUAGUUAAGUGGAUCAUUUGUAAUUUAUAUCUGUAAGAAGAUUGGAACGUAAAUCAAGAUAUUAAAUAGUAUGAACUAAAUAUCCUUGAAAGGUAGCCUAGUACCCCUUCUGUCAUGUAAAUCUUACAUACAUUGUGUUACAAUAAACUCUAAAUGUAAAAUAAACAUACAUGCUAGCAAAUGUUUA